AUGUUAUUAAUCACUGUUAAUGAGCUGGGUGGCGUGCAUUCUAACAGGAACUACAAAAUCGAGGUAGAAAAGUUUUCGGCAGCUGUGUUGGAUUGCAGUGUUUUGGCAGUGGCUGGCGUUGUUUCUCCCUGCAGUGAGGAGCAAUCCCGGCUAGCUGCUCGGAAGUAUGCCCAUGUGGUCCAGAAGCUCGGCUUCCCGGCCAAAUUCCUAGACUUCAAGAUUCAGAACAUGGUGGGGAGCUGCGACGUCAAGUUCCCGAUCCGCCUCGAGGGCCUGGUCCUCACGCACCAGCAGUUCAGCAGCUACGAGCCGGAGCUGUUCCCAGGGCUGAUCUACCGCAUGGUGAAGCCGCGCAUCGUGCUGCUCAUCUUCAUGUCGGGGAAGGUGGUGCUGACCGGGGCAAAAGAGCGCUCUGAGAUCUACGAAGCCUUUGAGAACAUCUACCCCAUUCUGAAGGGAUUCAAGAAGGUGUGAGUGGCUGGGCGGGCCGCAGCAUUCAAACGCUUCUAUGAAAUGUGUGUAUUCUAUAUGUUUGGAACACUAAACAGAGGUACAGUGAACACUAAGGACUGUGAACACUAUGUAUUAUAUAAUCUAUUAUUAUUAUUAAAAUGUAUUUAGAUUUUUGGUACAUGACAGCUCCUCGUUUUCCAAAAUGAUGUUUUGUUCUUGUAAAUGUUCUGCUGGAUUGAUAGACAUGUAAUAGCUUGUUCACAUUUUGAUAUCAUUUUUGUGAAUAUUUAGGUUAUCUAGUUAAGCCGCUCCAACCCACUGAGCAAGUGAUCUAGUGCCCAAGGUUCUAACCACUAAGGGCGCUAUUGUACAAUGCUGCAACACACAUUGUAUAUGUUUGGUAAGACAAAUCAUACCAUACACACUUUCUCAGCAAAUACUAAGAACUAUAUGAAGCAAUGAACAUGUUUUCUAUUUCCUUAAAUGUGUGUUUAAUAUAGCAAUAACAAGCGCUAACAGUGUAUAAACGAUGACACACACUAACUUGCUUACUCUGUUUAUUCAAAAUAAUUCCAGGGAUAAAUACAGAAACAUACUAUAUCACUUUUAAACAUUAAACUGCUGCUUUCAGCUCUCUGAAGCUUUUUCAUGGUACUGCAUCUGUCCUUGAUCAUACCGACAGUCCUUCCUCUAAAGAAGGGGUCUCCAACCCUGGUCCGUAGGACCGCUGUAACUCCUGGUUUUUGUUCC